UAUAGAAAAAUCGAAACACCGUCUGCAUCAUAUAUCGUUGCCUUUGUUUGAGGCAAUUUGAUAGUUUUGCGUUUCUCUACUUUUUGUGAAUGUGUAUGUACCUUCUUUCCAAUCAAGAAACAAAACGGUUUUCUUUGGAUCAUUAAAAUCGAUUAAGGAGUGCAAUUAUACCGAUUAACGUGAAACGAACAGGAGCCAUUUUUGGUGGUUUCUUAAUCCUGAUCCAUCCCUGAACGUGUUGAACGAUGGUCGAUUACUACAAGGUGCUCGAAGUACAGCGAACUUCUAGUAGCGCUGACAUUAAAAAGGCGUAUAGAAAGCUGGCAUUAAAAUGGCAUCCGGACAAGAAUCCGGAUAAUUUGGAAGAGGCGAAUAAAAGAUUCAAGGAAAUCUCAGAAGCAUACGAAGUCUUGAGCGACGAUGUAAAGAGACGCACUUACGAUCAACGCUUAUAUCAGAAGGCGGCAUCAAGGCCCGGCCGUGGAUUCACCUUCCGGAGUUUCUUUGAUUCUCCCUUUCAGCGAUACUUUGAGAAGAAGAGGCGUGUUUACGAUCAGUAUGGCAAGGACGGUCUUCAAAUGCCCGGAGGCAAACGACGCCACGGAGAUGAUUUUGAUUCGCACUUCGGCGGCACAUUUGUUUUUAGGGAUCCUGAGGAAGUAUUUAGAGAAUUUUUCGAUGGAAUACCGUUCGAAGAUUUGUUCGCCGGUUUUCACGGUGGAGGUUCCCGAAGAGGAAGACACGAUCACUCGACCAGUAAUAGCCUGAGUACUUCUUUCUUCGGACCCUUUGGAUUUGGCUUUCGUUUACCGUUUAACGAUUUGAUGGAAAAUGCUGGUGCUGCAGGAAAUUUCACUUCUUUCGGUACUUUCACUAGUUUCGACGGAACGAGUGAUAGCAGUGCUAUAAAACGUACCAGCACCUCAACUCGAUUCAUUGAUGGAAAAAAAAUUACAACCAAAAAAGUCUACGAAAAUGGAAAAGAAACCAUAAUGUCUUAUGAAAAUGAUAUUCUGAAAUCAAAGACAGUGAACGGCGUACCACAAUCAAUAACGUUCGACGAUGCAUCGACGAGUCAUCAAGUCUGCGAAAACGUCAACGAUAACACGAUGGAUAACCACAACUCGAAUACGACCUAUGGCGACUAUGUAAAAGUUAGCAGAGUAAAGACGCGUCACCAUCCGCACAUGAAUAAGAAGCACGAUAGAAAUAAAAGGAAAUAAAUUUCUUCGCUCUUGUAUCAAGUUCCUCAUGUAAUCAAGUCGACGAGUGUGCGCUCCUGAUAUAUUCGACAGAUUUAAUUCCGGAUAAAUUUUAGUUUUCGAUACUAUACUACUACUCUAUUCAUUAUUAUCUGACAAAAAUUCAUAAAUUAAUCAACAAAAAAUGUUGUUAAUCUGUGUAAGGAUUCAGAGAGAGAAAGUAUCUUGUAAUGAUUACACGACUGGCUUGACAUAUCCACGCGGUUCGUAUAAUAAAAUUCUUCAUUUAAAAAAAGAGCUAUUUGAAUUUAAUUAGUUAUUCGCGAUAUCAUAUCUUUUACGCCGCAAAUUGAGACUAAUUUACAAGUAACAUCGUUCUUGUCUCUACCCAGUUGUAUGACAUAAUCAAUGCCAAUUGCUAACUUAAACUUUGAUUAUCGUUAAAUUACAAAAUUGA